AUGCGGUUCGCUUCAGAUAAUUUGGAAGAUUGGUGGGCUUUCUGUUCAAAAGGGAGAUCCAAACAAUGUACUAUGCUCCUUAUUGCAGGCUCAACCUUUAUCUUGUAUAGUUUAUGGCAAGUUAGAAACAGUGAGAGAUUCAACAACACUAAACCGAACGUCAAUCUUGUCAUUAGAAGAGUUUGUGUGCAGCUGCUAUCUUCUGCUCAUAUAUCGAAGGCAACAUCUCAUAUUUCCAUUUCUGAUUUUAAUCUCUUGAAGGCUUUCAACAUCAAAAUUAGACCGCCUAGAGCUCCCAACAUAGUUGAAGUCAUUUGGCAUCCGCCGUCUCUUGGUUGGAUUAAAUGUAACUGUGACGGUGCAUACAAUGAUAAUGGACUUUCUACAGCGUGUGGGGUUAUUUUUAGAGAUCAUAGAGGUAAUUUUCUUUUGGCUUUUGCUGACACGGUUCCUUGGAGGUCCUCCUUUCUAGCCAAGUUUGUUGUUGUUGUUCGGGCUAUGGAAGUUGCGAUGGAGAUAGGCAGGCAUAGUUUGUGGAUAGAAACAGAUUCAGCCCUUGUUGUUUAG